GGCGAACUAUGUUCAAUGACAGUGUAAAUGCGGGGGGUGCAUGUUUCUUGCAGAGUUGAAGAUUGCCUGUGGAAGGAAGAGAAAGGGUGAGAAACCAGCAUGGCUUGUUCCUCUGACAACGAUGCAGAGAACUUACAUGGAUCUGCUCAUCAAAGCUCAUGGGGAGGACGUGAAGGCUAUGGCUAGAGAUAUAAAGCUGAAUAAGAUGCAGCACUCAGUGAGUGUACUGGAGCAGCUUUGUCAACGGUACCACGCUUUUUCUGCGGGAAAGCGACCACUUCUCCAGUAGGAGGAAGCACGUCAAGGACAUCGUGGUCUUCAGGCUGACUGUGGUCGUUUCUGUAAUUUAGAACCCUAGGAGAAUCAUUAGACUACCUGAUCAUACGGUACCCAAUAGGUUUCAUUGCCGAAGAGUCUCUCCUCAAUUGUUUUUUUCCGAGAGGGUUGAUGCUGCGAGUUCGUGAUCACUACCAUACAUUACUGUGGCGGAGGAAAUGGUGCAUGUAAUGCAUUGCAAUGCCAACCAUUUCCGCAUUUGUAUCUUCUCGCCGUUCUUGCAAGUUGUGUCCUGAGAGAAAGGAGCAAUCAGGUCACUCCUUUGUGAAGCAAGGAAUUGUCUUCCUGGCAUGUCCUGCCCAUUUUUUGUCCCUAAGAAAAGUUCAUUGUUUUUCUUUAAAACAUUCCCCCCCUACAGGCUUCUGGUCUGUGGGUGGUGCUUUCCUUGUUUUCCCUUUUUUUUUUUGUUUUGCCUAUUAUCUGUGUGUGCGCGUGGAUGAGAGAGAGAGAGAGAGAGAGAGAGAGAGAGAGAGAGAGAGAGAGAGAGAGAGAGAGAGAGAGAGAGAGAGAGAGAGAGAGAGAGACACUUCCAGCUUAGUUCAACAAUAACAUGCCUAUUUAGGACUGGUCUGUAGUUUUUUUAGAUACCGUCUUCCUUUGUUUUUUGUUGUUCUUCUUUUCUUAUUAUAAAGAAAAACACCACCAACUUUCCCAGGCGAAGUAGAGAAUCGAAAAUGCCACAUUCAAAGACUUGGAUGAAUAGAGCUAACGGGCCAAAAUUGUUUUCAGCCCCAGCUAAAAGGAAAGGGAAAACAAAUGCCGGUGUGGCGG